AUGCGCCGUGCCAGCUCCGCUUCGGAUUUCCCCAAAGCCAGUCAGCAACCCCGGCCACAGACGCGCCAGUUCGGACCUGAGAAGCCCCCCCUGCCCAUUGCGAUCCAGGCUGCCGGGUCAGCCAGUCUUCGAUCCUGCGGAAGGAUUCAACCCCGAGACUUUGCGAACAUCCAACAAGUGCAACUGUCCGAAAAGCCCAGCAUCAUCUCUCUCCUCGCCACUGUCGCCGCGGCAAAGCUUCCUCAGCGGCAACAGAGGCCCGUCUCUGGAUUUCUCCUCGCUCUCGGUUCCCUGGCUCUCACGUGCCUCCUGAGUCUGACCGGAGCGACAGAGACAGUAUCAGCUCGGGUUACACAUCAAUCUACUCAAAUUGAGAUCCUAAACGGGACCAUCCAAGGAGGCCGGUGCCGGGAGACUGACGUGGACUAUUUCUUCUCGAUCCCUUAUGCCAAGCCGCCAGUAGGAGAUCUUCGCUUCGCACCCCCGGUGUCUUAUUCCAAUGCAUAUGACGGAGUUUUGGAUGGGGAAACCGCCGCACCCGCAUGCCCCCAAUUUGGCACGAGUUACGUGGAAAAGGGACCACAGCAUGAGGAUUGUUUGUUCGUCGAUGUGUGGAAGCCAGCCGAUGCAAGUCCAGCCUCGAGGCUGCCUGUGAAGGUCUGGAUAUUCGGCGGCAGUGACGAGGCAGGCGGCAUUUCUGACCCGACCUACAAUGGCUGCUACUCAGCCACAGACUCAAUAGUGGUGUCUAUCAACUAUCGUGUUGGCCCUUUGGGCUUCCUCGCACUUCCUGACCUCGGACUUAAUGGCAACUUCGGCAUCAUGGAUCAGAUCUUAGCCCUUAGAUGGGUUCAAGAAAACAUCGCUUAUUUUGGCGGUGAUCCAAGUAGAGUCUUACUCUUCGGACAAUCAGCGGGUGCUUCGAACGCCUUCGCUAUUGCAACAAUGGAAAAUGCCCCAAAGCUAAUCAGUGCAGCCGCUUUACAAUCAGGUGGAGGUCGCGACUACGCUACCGCAGCCCAGGCAGAACCAUGGCAUCGCAGCUUUGCUGAACAGCUGGAUUGUGAGAACAUCGACAUGUCUUGCCUCCGUUCUGCUUCCGUUUCCUCUCUCAAGAAAGCCCAGCUAAAGAUGCCCAGCAGCUCAGUUCCAGGCGCAAGCACUCUGCUGGAGAAUGAUGGUACCGGUCCAGGCUGGGGUCCCUUGGUGGACGGGGACCUCAUUCCUACUAAUCCGGGAGAUGCAGGUGUCCGCAUCCCGUCUAUUUUUGGUUCCAAUUCCCAGGAGGGUAGCUUGCCUCUUCUGUCCAGAUACGGACCGAGAGUCACGAAGCUCAACCAGUCGACCCUGUCCAAAUUUGCUCGGACAGGAGGCCCGGGGUAUGCCGCAAUGAUGACGGUCUUGACAGCUCACUCCUAUCGAUGUGCCGCGUACCGUGGACUCAAAGGGGCGGUCAGGAACGGCGUACCUGCUUGGACAUACAGCUUCGGCCAUACACCCUCGUGCGCUUGGUAUCAAAUGAUCCCAGAUGCGAGGCCCGUUCUGAAAUUACUCGGACCUACUCACACAGCCGAAUUACCCUAUGUAUUUAACUUGACAACCCAUAUGCCACCGCCGGAUGGGAAUUGCCAGUUCAAUGAAAAUGAGAAAGAACUUGCUGCAACGAUUUCGACGCUUUGGACGAACAUGGCGGCGACGGGAAGACCUGGGACCGCGAGCCAGUGGCCAGAAUGGAAUAUGGAACAAAGCUACGGGGUCAAUAUAAACAGCCGUCUAAACGUUGGCGCUGUGGACUACUCCAUGUGUGCUGCCUUCUGGGACCAAAUCAUGGAUGGUGUCAAGAGGAUUGCUCAACCCACCAAUGGCCUCGAAAUACAAACCCCGGAUCUUAGCGAACCAUGGCCACCAGAAGAUUUGGCUCAACAACCACUGAAAGACAUGUCAGGGUCUUAUACACGACUUAAUGAGACAGACACCCCCUUCAAGGUUCAACAGCUUAAUGAGCGGAACGGGUUCAAAAAUUACAGCUGUGCCACCCUGGCGAGCAUUGCACGCGUCUGCAAGCGCUUCAACGCAAUGGCGGUUCCGCUACUCUACCACACCUUACCGGUCCCCUCUCAUUCGUCAAUGAGUGAUCCUCUUGCCAGAACACUCAGUACGUCGCCGCGUCUGGCACAACUCGUCCAGGAGGCUGAUAUCAGGACCCAAGAUGGAUUGAACAAGGCGCUGCGGCAAGCUCUCGAAGCUGGAAGUUGGACGCAAUCUACACAUAUCACCAAUUUUCUCCAGAAAUGUUUGGAUGGGAAAGGGGUGGGGAACGCAGAAGCACACCUUGCCUUGUUCCUCUGUAUGCUACCAAAUCUAAGAGUGGCUGAGCUAGAGAUUGACAUCGGCGCCGAGCUGAUGCUGGAUUUUGUUACUUGGCCAGAAAACCUGUUAUCACGAAUCAUGGAGUUGCGCCUGAGCAAAAAUGCAGUGAGGUCAUGGACGAAUAUAAAGGGUAUCGACUAUCUGAUGCAAUUGCCAUCCCUACGAAGCCUGUACGGUGCCGAGAUCCGCUGGUACCAAUACCAAGGUCCACCUCUCGAUUUGCAGCAUCUGUUUCUGCUCAACUCAUACCUUGAUUCGAGUUCAUUCGACAACAUACUAUCCUGUUGUGUCAGCCUUGAGACGCUACAGAUUCACUGGGCACCCUUGUUGAGACAUACCGAACUAAGCUACCAUGACUUCUCUCGGAUGGGCGAUACCCUUAGAGACUUUGGAACGAAUCUGGAGAAAUUAGACCUCGAUCCCUACCUCGGUCCCUUCUGCGCAGAAGAUUCAUCGGGGAGAUUAGAUUCCCUCCGCUCGUUGACUCGCCUGAAACAGCUGAAGCUACCGCGGGAAAUGCUGGUAGGAAGGGUCAAGGGUGAUACGAACAGCGAGGAGGUUCAAAGUGACGACGUAGCUUUGCAAGAAGGAAACCCGAGACUCAUAGAACUCCUACCGCAUGGACUUGAGCAUUUGCAUCUUUACUCCUGUCAGAAGGAUCUAGAGGCUCUGGACGGCGAACUACUAGAGCUUCUCGAGUCUGAGCAAUUUCCAAGGUUACGAUGUAUUCGGGUCGACCGCGAUAAUUCAUUUAGCAAAGAUCUGUCCAACCUCAGCUGGACCGCCGAGGACGACGAACAUGGAAUAGCUCUGAGAAAGAAAGGCGACCUAGGUGCUGGCAUCCCACAUCGAUUCGGGCCCAGAACAUGGGUACUUCCAAGCCUUAGCUAA